UUAUGUGGCAGUUUCCCAGGUAUGCUGAGAUUGUGCAUCUGACUUUACCUGAUGGCACCAGGAGGAGUGGCCAGGUGCUGGAGGUGAUUGGCACCAAGGCUGUCGUACAGGUGAGCCCCCCCCCCCCCACACACACAUACACAUACACACACAUCCCACAAACGACUCAAAGAUACUGUUUAAUUUAAUGUCAUUUUCAGGUGUUUGAGGGGACAUCUGGUAUUGAUGCCAAGAAGACGGCCUGUGAGUUCACUGGUGACAUCCUGCGCACACCUGUGUCUGAGGACAUGCUGGGUAAGAUGAGCCCUCCACAACAAGCUGAGUGGCAUCCCGUGGGCGCUAGGCAGGAGGAAGCAUGAAAUCUACCGCUGAUUAAGACUUAAUUAGGCUGCUCUACGUCUGUUUUCAUCAAUCUGUAUAACUGUUUCCUCCGCCCCCUUUCUCACACAAAGAAGAACAUACCCUGUAAGCUUUACUCUCUUAGUGUGCUUAAUACAAUUGUUCUGCUCCAUUUUUACCUCGCCUCUGUUAAUUCCUCAAUUUGUGUCCUGCAUUGAGUCUUCCCGCUCGUGACUUAGGGGAACAAAACAUUUAAGAAAAUCUGAGGCUUUUAGGACCUUUUGUAAAUGUCACACAACAAGGUCAGGUGUAUUUGAAUAGUAGAGAGUGAACCAUCUGUUGCUAGAGUAUUCUGAGUAAUGGGCCCAAAAUGAAUGAAAAUGUUAAAUACAGUAUCUCCACUAUUGGCUGAAACCUGAAAUAACUGUUCAUAUUUAUUAAGGAAUCAGAGGCAGAUAUACUUAUGUUGAUAGCAAUCCAUGUACUAUGAAAUUAAACCAAUCGAGAAUGUCUUUCACUUUUAUUUCAGGACGUGUUUUCAAUGGCUCAGGCAAGCCCAUUGACCGUGGCCCCACUGUGCUGGCUGAGGACUACCUGGACAUCAUGGGUAGGACGGAGCUAUAAUUCAGUUCAUUCACGAUGAAGACAACUUGUCUGUCGAAAUGUUGCUUAUUAGGUUAUUAAAUGAUUGCAUCUGAGCUCCUAGAGUGUGCAGCUCUCCUUUUCUUUUUCAAGCAUUCACCAAGUUAAAAAUAUUCCUAGAUAACAUUGUCUGUGUUGAAAUGAAAUUGACCCCAACCCUGACAUGAUAAAAAAAAUAGAACCAUGGUACCUUGACUAUAUUCAUAAUAUACUGAGCUCACAACGGAUAAGCGUCCGUCCCUACUCUGCUAGUGGACCUAGAUGUGAAGCUGUACUUUAGCUUGUAUAGUGUGAUUUCAGUCUUUAGUUGUAUCUCACUGCCACAAGGCCAAUAUUGACUGUUGAUCCCACCCCCGAGUCCCUUUCACAUGUAGCAUGCCAUCGUGUAGGCAUGGCAUCCCAAUUAAUAGAUGACUUGAAGAGGGUCAUGAGUCUUCCAUCUUAAGGGAAACAAUGUGUUUGACCCUGAUUUCUGGUCUGACCUUUCGUUCCAUCUCUGCACCAUGUAUUGCUGUGAAACCUUAUGGAUUUUGUACAUCUCCCACACGUGUACUUUCUAAAACCUAGUUUACCUGUGUGCAACUGCGCAUAGUGUAAAUAGCUGAAUUAAAACUAUUAGAAGGCCAACUCUACCAUUUUUAAACCCCUUAUAUUACAUCGACCUGUCCAAUACCUGGGUUGGAAGUGGCUUACCUUCUGGUCUGUGUUUCUGUACCUCUGCUGUGACCUCUUCCCUGUCCCAGGCCAGCCCAUCAACCCUCAGUGCCGUAUCUACCCUGAGGAGAUGAUCCAGACUGGUAUUUCUGCCAUCGAUGGGAUGAACAGCAUUGCUCGAGGACAGAAGAUCCCCAUCUUCUCCGCCGCCGGCCUGCCCCACAACGAGGUACGAUGGAGACGCUAGCUCUGGCAAGGCUAGGCCACACAAACACAUAAGCUAUAUGUGCCUUAGGCUGCAUUUUGCCAUAUUAUAGCCUCAGUCAAUAGCAUUGGAGAGGAGUUUCUAACACUAACAACAGAACAAUGUGAUCUGUAACAUUAGGCAGUUCAUUCUGUUAGACGCCUCAGAAAUUUGCAUUAUCGCAGCCAGGGGAUUCUAAUUUAGUGUAAUCUGUUUUGGUUUGUAGUAAUCUAUUCUUCUGUGCUUUAUUUUUUUCUGUCAAACACCCCUUGUGGAGUGUUGUGCUCGCACUUAAGUGUGCAAGUGAAUGCGUGUAUGUGUGCGUGUGCACGUGUUUAUUACCAGCAACUUUAAAUUAUUAGUGCUAAUGGGCUGAGGAGAUUUUGUUUUGUCCCUGUGGUGCAGAAACAGCGAAGUGGGUCAGGAGGACAUCUCAGAAAUCCACUGACAUUUUACUGCCUGUGGAGGGCAUUUUCUUAUUUCACACAGAGCCUCACCCUCUCUCUCCAUCUCCACACACAGGACUACAGAAUGCCAAACACAUCUACUCAUUUUACUGACUACUUGGAGUCAAUUGAGAGCAUAGGUCUUGUGUCCUGUGCGGCUCAGUUGGUAGAGCACGGUGCUCGCAAUGCCAAGAGGUGUAUGUUUGAUUCCUGCUGAGGCCACCCAUACAUAAAAAUGUAUGCACUGCUAAAUGACGUAUAUAGCAGUGUUCGCACAAUCGUGCGCCUGUCACAUUUGAUAGUCUGUGUAUCAGACACACUGUUAACUAGACACGUGUUCUCAUUUCAUUUUAGGCUCAUAUUAACAGCCUAUUUAGUCAAUGGUAUUAUUUUUUAUUUAACCUUUAUUUAACCAGCUAAGACCCAUUGAGGUUAAAAACCUAUUUUGCGAAGGCGACCUGGCAAGAAGGCAAAACAGGGAAAUAGCAACGUGUACAUAAAAUAUUACAAAAAAAUACAAAAUGAACACAAAAGACAGUGUCACAAGUUACAGAUACAAUUGAAGAUUAGAAACAACUGCAGCUAUCACAAACAGUGUUGUCAAUCAGAGUCUUAAAAACAGGCAAGGACACUAACACAUUUAACCUACUAAAGAAAAACCUGAAGGUGGCAUAAUACCAUAUUCUAAAGCACUACUUAAAAUCUUUUGAAUAUGUCAAAAAUGAUUUAGUUUUAAGUUAAUGUUAUUGUGCCAUGAAAGUUGCUAACCUGCCUCUAAGUAUGAGUCAGAUCCAUGCCUCUGUGUUGUUGUUAGUUAUUGGCACAUGGCAGCUGUCUGGACUUCCCAUCUCAGUUUAAAAAUAGAAUUGACCAACCAACCCCCCUCCCCCCCCUGAGUUCUUCUGGUGCCUUGAAGUAUUUCAUUAGGAUUUGGACAAAUGAGAGUUGCAACGAUUUGCUUGUACCAGACAGUCAUUUUAAAAUCUGAUUAAUUGGAAUAGUUAUCUUAUUGUUGUGAAGUGCCACAGUUGGCCUACUUUGAGUGAACUCAAGUGAAUAGGACAUUUAGCAACUCGAAGGACAGUGGAAGUUGAUAAAUGCUUAUUUAUUGUUCAAAUUAAAACCAGUGCAUUUUGGCCUUUAGCCUUCAUCAGGGUUUUACCUUUGACUGAACCUGAAAAGAGAGGAAUGAAAAAGAUCCGUUGGUCAUUGCCAGCUUGACUUUUGUUCAUCUAACUCAAUUUUGUGAGUUAUGGCACGACAUAGGGGCAAUGUGCUGGGCAGUGUCAAGGAAGUCAGAAUCAUUCUCCAUUCCAACAUAUUCUUAUUACAAGCCUCGUUCUGUGUCAGUUUGAUCAUUCUCUACUAACCUCUCCACUGAAUCUCAGGGACAAGAUAAGAAAUAUCAGUGCUAAAGGACUAACCUAAAAAGUCCAGACCGACAAACUAUUGCACAUUGACUUUGGAAAAGAGAUUUUAAGAGUUUCAAUAGUUCAUAUAUACAGUCUAAACAAGUUUGAGAGUGUGCCGCAUAGUUUCAUGAGUUCAUAUUGUCAUAUCAGACAGUCUGAAGGGAGGCUAUUUUCUAAAUCCUUGGAGAGAGAGCUGAGGCCCCCUGGUUGAACUGGUAAACGAAUUAAACCAAUAAGACAAUGAUGGCGAGAGGGGAUUAGGCGAUUGUGUGAAUGGCACUUAUUAAUAUAGGAUCGUAGCCCAGCCAUGAGGCUGUUAACGCUUGAGGUGGCUGUCCUCUCACCAGCCAUCACAGUUUGCAAACAGCCUCAUUAUGACCUUCAGGCCAGACAAUAGAGGCCCAACACUUGAGUUUUUUUUGUGUUCACAGAAAGCCGUGUUGUUGGUCAGGGCAGACUGCCAAAUUGAAACAUGCGCGAUCAGAUUCUGGCAGAGAGGGAGCCUCAAUCAAAUGCAUAGAAUCCCACUGAAGCAACAGGAUGACAACGAUUUUGGGCAGUGUAUAUAAAAGAGAAAAUCCGGUCCCUUUAUUAGCAACUGUUUUGAAUGUGAAUAAAAUGAAGAUCCUGCAAUCUGGAAGUGCAUGAUCAAAAGAGGGUGGUUGGAUGGAGCGCCCACUGUAGAAUCCCACUGUACUAAAAACGGUGAACAGGGUACGCCUUGUCUGACUAAUGAUGCUGGUCGACUUCUCGCGUCACUGGAAUGGUAUAAAGCGCUUCUCGUUUCAUUAAACAGAUGUCAUGGGGUCAUUUUUGCCGCAGUUCUCUAUGGGCCAGGUGUCUCAGCUCGGGGUGCACUGAGAGGUCAGCCCGGAUCAACAGGCGGCAACCAUUACAUUAAGCGAUAAGCGUGAAAUUCCUCCCCUCUAGAUUCCUAAUCACGGAGUUGUUCUUCAACUAUGCACACCCAAAUACCCCACACGCACACACAUGAACACACGCAACGCUCCAAUAACUAGCUAGCUGGACGGGGCACUCGCUGAUGUCCAAACAUUUUUAAUAGACUGGCUGUUAUAUAAACGUGAAUGUUUCAAGACCUCAUCAUUUUUAAUCCUGUGUAUGUUUUGGUUCUCAGAUUGCUGCCCAGAUUUGUCGUCAGGCCGGCCUGGUGAAGAAAUCCAAGGAUGUGAUGGACUACAGCGACGAUAACUUUGCCAUUGUCUUUGCCGCCAUGGGGGUGAGCUGAGCGGCACUAGAUAGACAAAAAUGUUUCUCUCUUUAUCUGAUCUGUUUUUUCCUCUAGUGUUAGGCUAAUCCCUCCUCUUAACCCCACCGUGACACACUCCUCCUCUCCUUUUCUCACUCUCAUUCACCAGGUGACUUAGCGUUUAAGUCCCCUGUUACGUCUGCUCCUCUGAGCAAAUUCUGGCCACGACGACAGGUUAUUAUUCAGCCGUCUUGAACACAUUCAGCCUGCCAGUAUCAAAUUCUCUCCAGUUCAGCUGCUCUGCUCUUGACUAUUUAACACCGUUUGGGGAAUCUUCUGUGACCUGUGGCAGAGAUGUUAGUGACCCCCACCUCUGGCCUUCAUUAUCCUCUCCCUGCUGAUGGCAAAUUGACACACCAUUGAGGGCUUUGUAACAUAAGUACUAACUCUCUAAAAGGGUAGUGGAAAUGCAAUGCAUACUGGCAGACGGGUAUGAAAAGGGAUUAGGAAAUGUUUAAAGCGUAUGCACCAGUUUGGAAACUGGUAAUAUACACUGAACAAAAAUAUAAACGCAACAUGUAAAGUGUUGGUUUCAUGAGCUGAAAUAAAAGAUCCCAGAACUUUUCCAUAUGCACAAAAAUAUAUCUAUAUACUUAUUUCUCUCAACUUUUGUUGUUUACAUUCCUGUUAGUGAGAAUUUCUCCUUUGCCAAGAUAAUCCAUCCACCUGACAGGUGUGGCAUAUCAAGAAGCUGAUUAAACAGCAUGAUCAUUACACAGGUGCACCUUGUGCUUGGGACAAUACAAGGCCUCUCUAAAAUGUGCAGUUUUGUCACACAACACAAUGCCACAAAUGUCAAGUUGAGGGAGCGUGCAAUUGGCAUGCUGACUGCAGGAAUGUCCACCAGAGCUGUUGCCAGAGAAUUGAAUGUUAAUUUCUCUACCACAAGCCGCCUGCAACGUCAUUUUAGAGAAUUUGGCAGUACGUCCAACCGGCCUCCCAACUGCACACCACGUGUAUGGCUUCAUGUGUGUGAGCUGAUUUUCAACGUUGUGAGCAGAGUGCCCCAUGGUGGCGGUGGGGUUAUGGUAUGGGCAGGCAUAAACUACGGAAAACAAUUUUUGUAUUGAUGGUAAUUCGAAUGCACAGUGAUACCGUGACGAGAUCCUGAGGCCCAUUGUUGUGCCAUUCAUCCGUCGCCAUCACAUUUCAACAUGAUAAUGCACAGCCCCAUGUCACAAGGAUCUGUUCAUAAUUCCUGGAAGCUGAAAAUGUCCCAGUUCUUCCAUGGCCUGCGUACUCACCAGACGUGUCACCCAUUGAACAUGUUUGGAAUGCUCUGGAUCGACGUGUAUGACAGCAUGUUCCAGUUCCCGCCAAUAUCCAGCAACUUCGCACAGCCAUUGAAGAGUGGGACAACAUUCCACAGGCCACAAUCAACAGCCUUUUUGUCCACCCGCCUCUUGAAGAUCGACCACAAGUUCUCAAUGGGAGCAAGGUCUGAGGAGUUUCCUGGCCAUGGACCCAAAAUGUUAAUGUUUUGUUCCCCGAGCCACUUAGUUAUCACUUUUGCCUUAUGGCAAGUUGCUCCAUCAUGCUGGAAAAGGCAUUGUUCGUCACCAAACUGUUCUUGGAUGGUUGGGAGAAGUUGUUCUUGGAGGAUGUGUCGGUACCAUUCUUUCUUCAUGUCUGUGUUCUUAGGCAAACAUGUGAGUGAGCCCACUCCCUUGGCUGAGAAGCAACCCCACACAUGAAUGGUCUCAGGAUGCUUUACUGUUGGCAUGACACAGGACUGAUGGUAGCGCUCACCUUGUCUUCUCCGGACAACGUGUUUUCCGGAUGCCCCAAACAAUCGGAAAGGGGAUUCAUCAGAGAAAAUGACUUUACCCCAGUCCUCAGCAGUCCAAUCCCUGUACCUUUUGAUGGGUACAUUUAUUUUUAAAUUUUUUUUUUAUCUGUUUUUAUUGCUCGCUUGAGUAACCUGGGGUGGCAGAGUGCCAUGUAGUCAUGGCUCUAUUUUAAUACUGUGCAUUUCCCAGCCUCUGUUCUGUACCUGGGGACUGUGAAGAGACCUCUGGUUGCAUGUUUUGUGUGGUACUGAUGAGUGUCCGAACUGUGUGAGUGUCCGAACUGUGUGCCAACUGCUUGAACAGACAGUUCGGUACCUUCAACACCUCACACAAAGGCCAAUAGUGAUGUAAUCAAUCUCUGCUCCAUUUUGAGCCAGGAGAGAUUGACAUGCAUGUCUUUGACAUUCACCCUCCGUGUACAUUUUAAGUGCAAUAUGUGCUGCUCUGUUCUGGACCAACUGCAAUUUGCCUAGGUCUUUUCUUGCCGCACAUGAUCACACAACUGGGCAGUAGUCCAGGUGCGACAAAACUAGGGCCUGUAGGACCUGUCUGGUUCAUUUGAGAUGUCAAGAAAGCAGAGCAACGCCUUCUCAUGGACAGACCUCAUCCCUUUUUUUAGCAACCUUGGAGUCUAUAUGUUUUAACCAUGACAGCUUGCUAUCUAGGGUUACACCCAGCAGUUUAGUCAUCUCAACUUGCUCAAACGCCACAUUAUUCAUUAAUGGAUCUAGAUGAGGUUUAGGGUUGAGCGAGUGAUUUGUCCCAAAAAUAUGCUUUUAGAUUUAUAGCACCAGCCUAUUGCUAGUUACCCAUUCUAAAUCUGACUGGAGCUCUAUGUUAAAGGUGUCAGUUAUUUAUUUGACUGUCGUAGCCGACAUGUAUACUGUUGAGUCAUCCGCGUAUAUAGACACAGGCUUUAUUCAAGGUCAGUGGAAGGUCAUUAGUAAAAACUGAAAACAAUGGCCCAAGCCGGCUGCCCUGCGGUACACCACACUCAACCGAAUUGGUAUUAGUCUUCCAUUAAAGAAAACCCACUGUGUUCUAUUAGAUAGGUAACUCUCAAUCCAUGAUAAGGCAGAGGAUGUAAAUCCAUAACACCUACACUUUUCCAUCAAGAGGUGUUCUGAUCAAUGAUGUCAAAAGUUGCACUGAAGUCUUAACAAAACAGCUCCCACAAUCGUAUUAUCAAUUUCUUUCAGCCAAUCAUCAGUCAUUUGUGUCGAUGCCGAGCAUGUUGAGUGCCCUACCCUAUAAACAUGCUGAAAGUCCGUUGCCAAUUCGUUUUCUGUAAAAUAACAUUGUAUUUGAUCAAACACAAUUUUUUCAAAAGUUUGCUAAGCACCGGUAAGACUGAUUGGUCGGCUGUUGGAACCAUUUAAAGGGUGCUUUGCUAUUCUUGGGCAGUGGAAUGGCAAAGCACAACACAGGGUGCAUUGGCCAAUUCAUUGACAACUUCAGCUUUAGCUUGCUUAUAUAGAGUGGGUACUAACUACCUGUUUGCUGAAAUGGGUGCUAGAGGGUGAAGUUCAUAAUGUCGCUCGAGCACUUUCACGAGGUGUUGAAACCCCCUAUUCUUCUCAACCACCGAAAAUGGGCGCAUAUCCGCAGCUAUAAACAAACCAGUCGCUCUUAUAAUUUAUUUGGCCCGGUCAGAAUCAGCUGCGAUGGCUGCUUGAAUGUAGAGGGGAGUUGCCAUAAAUCCAGUUAGGUGUAUUUUUAUGAAAUGUUGUAAUUAGGAGGUUGUUCCUUCACAUUUUGUGAUAGCGCAUACUUUGGUCUAUUUAAAAAAAAAUUGGUCUGUUAAAAAAAAUAUUUGUGGAAAGAAAAGUUGAUUAUCCCAGCUUUCAAGAAUCCCAGAUGUAUUUUUAUACGGACGGGGAAAAACUGACUUGGUGAGAAAGGGCCUUAACACUUAACCAUGUUUUCACAUAACAUCAGAACAUGUAAAAUUACCCUGAGUAGAAAGCUACUGAACCAGUAAGCUGCAACAUAAUUUGCAGUACAUUGCCCUCUGUUUAGGAAGAAUUUGCUCUAAUUUCUUGUGAUAUUUGCAAACGGACACUCUCAUUUUUCUGAUAUAGGCCUGUUUUUUUUUUCUUGUCCGUGGGCGAUUCUUAUACAGUAUAUUCCUGCUUUUGUUGAAGAAUGUUCAAGGCCUUCUACUGUCAACUUGGUAUGUAAUCACAUCUACCUUUUUUCCCCCUAACCUUCUAUCUUUUCAGGUGAACAUGGAAACUGCCCGCUUCUUCAAGUCGGACUUUGAGGAGAAUGGAUCCAUGGACAAUGUUUGCCUGUUCUUGAACCUAGCCAAUGACCCCACGUGAGUUUAUGUGCAUAAGCUCUGUGCCACAUCAGUAAUGGACUAGCUUCCUCCUAUAAGUAAUAAUUGUAUGGUACAUCUAUGGAAUCAGGAAUUCAAGGCAAUAACGUGUCUGUAAAAUAUUGCUGUAUAAAGGCAAGCCUGUCAUUUUCACAUUUUCAACAGAGUAUUAUGUUAAUGGUGGAAACCUUUAAUUCCUUCCUUGGUCUUUCCUUUCUCAGUAUUGAGCGCAUCAUCACCCCUCGCCUGGCUCUGACCUCAGCUGAGUACCUGGCCUACCAGUGUGAGAAGCAUGUCCUGGUCAUCCUGACUGACAUGAGCUCCUACGCCGAAGCUCUGAGAGAGGUGGGCAACCAAACUAAUUCAAGGAAGUCUGGUGUUUACUCCUGAAAAAACCCUCAUACUUUCUUUUUGUGAAGUGUCAGACUUGCACCUUAAUUCUGUAUAAGUUUUAGAGCCAUAACUUUUCUUUUGAUUAUGGGUCGCAAAAUCAAUAUGCCAGUUAAAGUGUAGUCAAUACAGCCUACAUGGUUGUGAUAUUGAAAACCUCCACAUCCCACAAAAGAUGACCUUGACACAGUAAAUGAGGUGAGGAAUAAUCUCAGAGGUGGGGUAUGUGCAUUCCACGUCAAGGAAAUACAUUCGGGGUGGAAAUUACACCUAGGUAUCUGAAUCAAGGUUUUCAACCUGAAAGAUGUUACAUGGCCUCAUUUGUAUGACCGAACAGUAUUGUUAAGAAUCCUAUGCAGGUUGUUAGCAGAUGGGUACAUUCUGUAAAGAUUAUGGUCCUCCAGAUAGUGUCCACACUCCCACCUUCCAAAUCUUCAAUGCUGCCUUCUAUUAUAUUGGUCCUCAAUAGUGGAAUAAGUCCAUGAGUUUUGAAGGCUCAAGUGUGUGAAGACUAAAAUAACCUUCCUUAAGCAAGAACGCAUAUUAUAAUACAUACAGUGGGGGGAAAAAGUAUUUAGUCAGCCACCAAUUGUGCAAGUUCUCCCACUUAAAAAGAUGAGAGAGGCCUGUAAUUUUCAUCAUAGGUACACGUCAACUAUGACAGACAAAUUGAGAGAAAAAAAAUCCAGAAAAUCACAUUGUAGGAUUUUUUAUGAAUUUAUUUGCAAAUUAUGGUGGAAAAUAAGUAUUUGGUCACCUACAAACAAGCAAGAUUUCUGGCUCUCACAGACCUGUAACUUCUUCUUUAAGAGGCUCCUCUGUCCUCCACUCGUUACCUGUAUUAAUGGCACCUGUUUGAACUUGUUAUCAGUAUAAAAGACACCUGUCCACAACCUCAAACAGACACACUCCAAACUCCACUAUGGCCAAGACCAAAGAGCUGUCAAAGGACACCAGAAACAAAAUUGUAGACCUGCACCAAGCUGGGAAGACUGAAUCUGCAAUAGGUAAGCAGCUUGGUUUGAAGAAAUCAACUGUGGGAGCAAUUAUUAGGAAAUGGAAGACAUACAAGACCACUGAUGAUCUCCCUCGAUCUGGGGCUCCACGCAAGAUCUCACCCCGUGGGGUCAAAAUGAUCACAAGAACGGUGAGCAAAAAUCCCAGAACCACACGGGGGGACCUAGUGAAUGACCUGCAGAGAGCUGGGACCAAAGUAACAAAGCCUACCAUCAGUAACACACUACGCCGCCAGGGACUCAAAUCCUGCAGUGCCAGACGUGUCCCCCUGCUUAAGCCAGUACAUGUCCAGGUCCGUCUGAAGUUUGCUAGAGUGCAUUUGGAUGAUCCAGAAGAGGAUUGGGAGAAUGUCAUAUGGUCAGAUGAAACCAAAAUAGAACGUUUUGGUAAAAACUCAACUCGUUGUGUUUGGAGGACAAAGAAUGCUGAGUUGCAUCCAAAGAACACCAUACCUACUGUGAAGCAUGGGGGUGGAAACAUCAUGCUUUGGGGCUUUUGUUCUGCAAAGGGACCAGGACGACUGAUCCGUGUAAAGGAAAGAAUGAAUGGGGCCAUGUAUCGUGAGAUUUUGAGUGAAAACCUCCUUCCAUCAGCAAGGGCAUUGAAGAUGAAACGUGGCUGGGUCUUUCAGCAUGACAAUGAUCCCAAACACACCGCCCGGGCAACGAAGGAGUGGCUUCGUAAGAAGCAUUUCAAGGUCCUGGAGUGGCCUAGCCAGUCUCCAGAUCUCAACCCCAUAGAAAAUCUUUGGAGGGAGUUGAAAGUCUGUGUUGCCCAGCGACAGCCCCAAAACAUCACUGCUCUAGAGGAGAUCUGCAUGGAGGAAUGGGCCAAAAUACCAGCAACAGUGUGUGAAAACCUUGUGAAGACUUGCAGAAAACGUUUGACCUGUGUCAUUGCCAACAAAGGGUAUAUAACAAAGUAUUGAGAAACUUUUGUUAUUGACCAAAUACUUAUUUUCCACCAUAAUUUGCAAAUAAAUUCAUAAAAAAUCCUACAAUGUGAUUUUCUGGAGAAAAAAAUUCUCAUUUUGUCUGUCAUAGUUGACGUGUACCUAUGAUGAAAAUUACAGGCCUCUCAUCUUUUUAAGUGGGAGAACUUGCACAAUUGGUGGCUGACUAAAUACUUUUUUCCCCCACUGUACAGUCAACUAGAGUAUUCUUCCUAGAACUAUUUUGAUAGAAUGUGUUCCUUUGAACCACACACCCCAAUUCCUGAUUGUGCGUGCAUGCAUGUGGUAUUUUUCUGAUAAAAUGCAUCAGUUCUUGGUAUGUCACUCAAGUACAUCUUAAACAUAAAUAUAAUAAUAAUAAUGAUUUAACUUGUAUUGCGCUUUUCAUUACAGAAAAUAAUCUCAAAGCGCAUAACAAAAACAAUUUAAAUUGAGAUGGUAGAGAUGGAGAUUUAAUGUCUCUAUUUGGCUUCUGAUGAGUUGAUGCAGUUUGGAUUGGAAAAGCUUUAGUGGAGGGGUCAUCGACGGUACAGCCAGAGAGAAACAAAGACAGUGUGACAAACAGGUCUGGAAAGCUUCAUUAGUGCACCACUUCUGCUUCUCCGAUGGCCAGUUCCUCCAUAGGACCCGCUCUUCCAUAGGUACUGGUCCUCCAUUGCCGAACAUGAGGCACCCACCUGGGUGAUGCCACAGCUGCUGAAAAGCGCACGAAAAGCCACCAUCUUGGCAGUGGUUAAUAACAGUCCCUGAGCCUCUGCCAUCUCUGGACACAGCAUGCCGUACUUGUUGUAAUUCUUCCCAACAGAUGAAACUAAAAGCUGGGGCUGCAUUAUUUGAAUCCAAACAGCCAGCCAGCUAGCUAGCUAUAACAAAAAAAUUGACUUGUCAUCCCAAUUCCGCAACUCUGAGAGUCAAGACCACGAGAUGUAAGUGAUCAACCCCCAGACCAGUCAAACCCCAAAAUAUAAUUAAUUAGGCUAUGGAGAUGACAUAGCCGAGUACAGACAGAAGCAUGUCUGUUCUACGAAAUAUAUUCUCAAAUAAAUGCCAUGUAAUGUUAUUUAAAACAAAACCAGACAACCCCAGAAUAGUUUACCUAUUUACCUAGUCGGCUUGUGUGUUCUAUGCGAGAUAAAUAGGAGGGAAACGUAUUUUGACAAGCAGUCAAUGCACAACAAUUCUUAAUGCAUUCGUGGAAAAACACUUUUGAAAGCAGUUUUGGCCUUUGUUAAAAAAGAGGGGGAUCCCAGUUUUACAUUGCUACCACGUUUAUUUCUCUACUCUUUCAAUUGCACUUCGCAUCGUUUUACAAAAGUAGUUUUACGAGUUUCAAGCAUGGUUUAGGACCCCCUAAGCAAGGGGACUGGAAUUUGUCAAACUCUGUUUAAUACAAGUACACAAUUAUCCUCGUUCCGUAAAAGCAUGAUGGUCAUGACUUUCUUACAUGAAAAGGGAGGUUAACAAUCGAUCUGAGAUCAACUUAAGUUUCAGUCAUGGGACUUUUUUUUGCUUUAACUCCUGCCCAUAUGUUAUAACUAGCACAGAAUCCCCCAGCAAUAGGAACACUAUUUCAAGAAUAAGUAGUUUGGACUACCAAACUUUGGCUCCUAAACAUCUCAUGAGGUGUUGGCCAAGUGAAGUACUCUCUAAUGUCCACUUCUGUUCUCAGUGAAAGGCAGAAUAGUGUGACCUUCUGGAAAGGCCUUAACUUAUUUCUCAGAAGCUUAGUGUGAAGCUUUCUGUGGUGUCAGACCUUCUCAACUCUUUCAUGCCUGUAAUAUUCAUUUUAUGUAGCAGAACAUGUUUCAAUAUUCCAGCCGCACAACGAGAGUUUGAAAUGUUUUUUAUGUUCAUCUGAAAACAUAGCUCCCUUCCCUCGUUGUCUGUCUGUAACCUUGGGCACGUGCUGUUUCAAUAAAGCGUUGGCUAAGACUCAGGCUUGUAGGGUAUUUAACCACUUACAAAGAGCGACAGGGGCAUUAACGUUUAACUUAUUUUUCCAUUCACCCGCUCGAAGGUCGAGUUUCGAAUUUAAUCCGCAGUUCAUCUCCAUCCUCUGGAGCUCAGGAUGAAUACAAGUGUAUUUCUGCUCUGAAUUCAACUAACUGAACAAUUUGAACAGUGAUUGGCUUUGGCCUGGGUUCCGAGUCAUUUAUUUUAUACCAGGUCUGCUGAGAAAAUGGCAGCGCUUGACCUCUCUUUUGUUGAUUUGAAUAACACUUCACACAAAAAAUAACAAAAAUAAAUAACACUUCACAACAGGUGAUUAAAUGAGAAUAUAGUACAGUAUUAUUAGUCAACUCCAAUUCCUAUUAUUUUGUCCUCCUAUAGUGGUUUUAUUUGUGUGUAUUCAUUCAUUCAUUCAUUCAUUCAUACAGUGAGGGAAAAAAGUAUUUGAUCCCCUGCUGAUUUUGUACGUUUGCCCACUGACAAAGAAAUUAUCAGUCUAUAAUUUUAAUGGUAUGUUUAUUUGAACAGUGAGAGACAGAAUAACAACAACAAAUUCCAGAAAAACACAUGUCAAAAAUGUUAUGAAUUGAUUUCCAUUUUAAUGAGGGAAAUAAGUAUUUGACCCCUCUGCAAAACAUGACUUAGUACUUGGUGGCAAAACCCUUGUUGGCAAUCACAGAGGUCAGACAUUUUUUUGUAGUUGGCCACCAGGUUUGCACACAUCUCAGGACGGUUUUGUCCCACUCCUCUUUGCAGAUCUUCUCCAAGACAUUAAGGUUUCGAGCCUGACGUUUAGCAACUCGAACCUUCAGCUCCCUCCACAGAUUUUCUAUGGGAUUAAGGUCUGGAGACUGGCUAGGCCACUCCAGGAUCUUAAUGUGCUUCUUCUUGAGCCACUCCUUUGUUGCCUUGGCCGUGUGUUUUGGGUCAUUGUCAUGCUGGAAUACCCAUCCACUGCCCAUUUUCAAUGCCCUUGCUGAGGGAAGGAGGUUCUCACCCAAGAUUUGACGGUACAUGGCCCCGUCCAUCGUCCCUUUGAUGCGGUGAAGUUGUCCUGUCCCCUUAGCAGAAAAACACCCCCAAAGCAUAAUGUUUCCACCUCCAUGUUUGACGGUGGGGAUGGUGUUCUUGGGGUCAUAGGCAGCAUUCCUCCUCCUCCAAACACGGCGAGUUGAGUUGAUGGCAAAGAGCUCGAUUUUGGUCUCAUCUGACCACAACACUUUCACCCAGUUCUCCUCUGUAUCAUUCAGAUGUUCAUCGGCAAACUUCAGAUGGCCCUGUAUAUGUGCUUUCUUGAGCAGGGGGACCUUGCGGGCGCUGCAGGAUUUCAGUCCUUCACGGCGUAGUGUGUCACUAAUUGUUUUCUUGGUGACUAUGGUCCCAGCUGCCUUGAGAUCAUUGACAAGAUCCUCCCGUGUAGUUCUGGGCUGAUUCCUCACCGUUCUCAUGAUCAUUGCAACUCCACGAGGUGAGAUCUUGCAUGGAGCCCCAGGCCGAGGGAGAUUGACAGGUCUUUUGUGUUUCUUCCAUUUGCGAAUAAUCGCACCAACUGUUGUCACCUUCUCACCAAGCUGCUUGGCGAUGGUCUUGUAGCCCAUUCCAGCCUUGUGUAGGUCUACAAUCUUGUCCCUGACAACCUUAGAGAGCUCUUUGGUCUUGGCGGAGAGUUUGGAAUCUGAUUGAUUGCUUCUGUGGACAGGUGUCUUUUAUACAGGUAACAAGCUGAGAUUAGGAGCACUCCCUUUAAGAGUGUGCUCCUAAUCUCAGCUCGUUACCUGUAUAAAAGACACCUGGGAGCCAGAAAUCUUUCAGAUUGAGGGGGUAAAAUACUUAUUUCCCUCAUUUAAAAUGCAAAUCAAUUUAUAACAUUUUUGACAUGCGUUUUUCUGGAUUUUUUAGUUGUUAUUCUGUCUCUCACUGUUCAAAUAAACCUACCAUUAAAAUUAUAGACUGAUCAUGUCUUUUCAGUGGGCAAACGUACAAAAUCAGCAAGGGAUCAAAUACUUUUUUCCCUCACUGUACAUACAUACAUACAUACAUACAUACAUACAUACAUACAUACAUACAGUGGGGGGAAAAAGUAUUUAGUCAGCCACCAAUUGUGCAAGUUCUCCCACUUAAAAAGAUGAGAGAGGCCUGUAAUUUUCAUCAUAGGUACACGUCAACUAUGACAGACAAAUUGAGGAAAAAAAUCCAGAAAAUCACAUUGUAGGAUUUUUUAUGAAUUUAUUUGCAAAUUAUGGUGGAAAAUAAGUAUUUGGUCACCUACAAACAAGCAAAAUUUCUGGCUCUCACAGACCUGUAACUUCUUCUUUAAGAGGCUCUUCUGUCCUCCACUCGUUACCUGUAUUAAUGGCACCUGUUUGAACUUGUUAUCAGUAUAAAAGACACCUGUCCACAACCUCAAACAGUCACACUCCAAACUCCACUAUGGCCAAGACCAAAGAGCUGUCAAAGGACACCAGAAACAAAAUUGUAGACCUGCACCAGGCUGGGAAGACUGAAUCUGCAAUAGGUAAGCAGCUUGGUUUGAAGAAAUCAACUGUGGGAGCAAUUAUUAGGAAAUGGAAGACAUACAAGACCACUGAUAAUCUCCCUCGAUCUGGGGCUCCACGCAAGAUCUCACCCCGUGGGGUCAAAAUGAUCACAAGAACGGUGAGCAAAAAUCCCAGAACCACACGGGGGGACCUAGUGAAUGACCUGCAGAGAGCUGGGACCAAAGUAACAAAGCCUACCAUCAGUAACACACUACGCCGCCAGGGACUCAAAUCCUGCAGUGCCAGACGUGUCCCCCUGCAUAAGCCAGUACAUGUCCAGGCCCGUCUGAAGUUUGCUAGAGUGCAUUUGAAUGAUCCAGAAGAGGAUUGGGAGAAUGUCAUAUGGUCAGAUGAAACCAAAAUAGAACUUUUUGGUAAAAACUCAACUCGUUGUGUUUGGAGGACAAAGAAUGCUGAGUUGCAUCCAAAGAACACCAUACCUACUGUGAAGCAUGGGGGUGGAAACAUCAUGCUUUGGGGCUUUUGUUCUGCAAAGGGACCAGGACGACUGAUCCGUGUAAAGGAAAGAAUGAAUGGGGCCAUGUAUCGUGAGAUUUUGAGUGAAAACCUCCUUCCAUCAGCAAGGGCAUUGAAGAUGAAACGUGGCUGGGUCUUUCAGCAUGACAAUGAUCCCAAACACACCGCCCGGGCAACGAAGGAGUGGCUUCGUAAGAAGCAUUUCAAGGUCCUGGAGUGGCCUAGCCAUUCUCCAGAUCUCAACCCCAUAGAAAAUCUUUGGAGGGAGUUGAAAGUCCGUGUUGCCCAGCGACAGCCCCAAAACAUCACUGCUCUAGAGGAGAUCUGCAUGGAGGAAUGGACCAAAAUACAGUGUGUGAAAACCUUGUGAAGACUUACAGAAAACAUUUGACCUGUGUCAUUGCCAACAAAGGGUAUAUAACAAAGUAUUGAGAAACUUUUGUUAUUGACCAAAUACUUAUUUUCCACCAUAAUUUGCAAAUAAAUUCAUUAAAAAUCCUACAAUGUGAUUUUCUGGAACUUUUUUUUCUCAUUUUGUCUGUCAUAGUUGACAUGUACCUAUGAUGAAAAUGACAGGCCUCUCUCAUCUUUUUAAGUGGGAGAACUUGCACAAUUGGUGGCUGACUAAAUACUUUUUUUCCCCCACUGUACGUACGUACGUACAUACAUACAUACAUACAUACAUACAUACAUACAUACAUACAUACAUACAUACAUACAUACAUACAUACAUACAUACAUACAUACAUACAGUACCAGUCAAAAGUUUGGACACCUACUUAUUCAAGGGUUUUUCUUUAUUUUUAUUAUUUUCUACAUUGUAGAAUAAUAGUGAAGACAUCAAAACUAUGAAAUAAGACAUGGAAUCAUGUAGUAACCAAAAAAGUGUUAAACAAAUCAAAAUAUAUGUUAUAUUAGAGAUUCUUCAAAGUAGCCACCCUUUGCCUUGAUGACAGCUUUGCACACUCUUGGCAAUUUUUGACUGGUACUGUAUAUGUAUGUGUGUGUACAGUGCCUUCGGUAAGUAUUCUGACCCCAUGACUUUUUCCACAUUUUGUUGUGUUACAGCCUUAUUCUACAAUGGAAUUAAUUUUAAAAAAUGUUCUCAGCAAUCUACACACAAUACCCCAUAAUGACAAAGCGAACGUACAAAAUCAGCAAGGGAUCAAAUACUUUUUUCCCUCACUGUACAUACAUACAUACAUACAUACAUACAUACAUACAUACAUACAUACAUACAUACAUACAUACAUACAUACAUACAUACAUACAUACAUACAUACAUACAUACAUACAGUGGGGGGAAAAAGUAUUUAGUCAGCCACCAAUUGUGCAAGUUCUCCCAGAGCAAAAACCAAGCCAUGAGGUCGAAGGAAUUGUCCAUAGAGCUCCGUGACAGGAUUGGGUCGAGGCACAGAUCUGGGGAAGGGUAGCAAAACAUUUCUGUAGCAUUGAAGGUCCCCAAGAACACAGUGGCCUCCAUCAUUCUUAAAUGGAAGAAGUUUGGAAGCACCAAGACUCUUCCUAGAGCUGGCCACCCGGCCAAACUGAGCAAUCGGGGGAGAAGGUCCUUGGUCAGGGAGGUGACCAUGAACCCGAUGGUCACUGACAGAGCUCCAGAGUUCCUCUGUAGAGAUGGGAGAAACUUCCAGAAGGACAACCAUCUCUGCAGCACUCCACCAAUCAGGCCUUUAUGGUAGAGUGGCCAGACGGAAGUAAAAGGCACAUGACAGUCCGCUUGGAGUUUGCCAAAAGGCACCUAAAGGACUCUCAGACCAUGACAAACAAGAUUCUCUGGUCUGAUGAAACCAAGAUUGAAGUCUUUGGCCUGAAUGCCAAUCGUCAUGUCUGGAGGAAACUGGCACCAUCCCUACGGUGAAGCAUGGUGGUGGCAGCAUCAUGCUGUGGGGAUGUUUUUCAGCGACUGGGAGACUAAUCAGGAACGGAGCAAAGUACAGAGAUCCUUAAUGAAAACCUGCUCCAGAGGGCUUAGGACCUCAGACUGGGGCGAAGGUUCACCUUCCAACGAGACAACGACCCUAAGCACACAGCCAAGACAACGCAGGAGUGGCUUUGGGACAAGUCUCUGAAUGUCUUUAAGUGGCCCAGCCAGAUUGAGGGGGGAAAAAAACAAUUUAAUCAAUUUUAGAAUGAGGCUGUAACGUAACAAAAUGUGGAAAAAGUAAAGGGUUCUGAAUACUUUCCGAAUGCACUGUGUGUGUGUCGCCUUGCGACCCCAAGGGGUGCACGUUUUGGUUUUUUCCCUAACACUACACAGCUGACUCAAAUGAUCAAAGCUUGAUCAUUAGUUGACUAUUUUUGAAUCAGCUGUGUAGUGCUAGGGCAAAUACCAAAAUGUGCACCCCUUGGGGUCCUGAGGACCGAGGUUUCAGAAACCCUGCUAUGAAUGAAUCAAUGAGUUCAUGCUCAUUGAUUCAGUCAUACGCUGUUACAAUUAAGUGUUCAGAAGUGGAGUUUGUGUUCAGGGUCCCAUCUGUUAUACCCUGAUUCCACUUAUGGCUCACUUGUUUGUCUCAUGUCUCCCCAGGUGUCAGCUGCCAGAGAGGAGGUCCCUGGCCGUCGUGGUUUUCCUGGUUACAUGUACACUGAUCUGGCCACCAUCUACGAGCGUGCCGGCAGAGUGGAGGGCAGGAACGGCUCCAUCACUCAGAUACCCAUUCUCACCAUGCCCAACGAUGGUAUGACAUGCCGGCUUUUCUCAGAGGAAAAACAACCUAGAUCUAUUUAAAAAAUAAUGUAUUUAUUAAAGUUUUAUUUAUUAACUUUUUUUACAUGAGCAAUUCCGUUGAAUCUCCUGUUUCGGCUGAUAUUUUUGUAUGCUUUCCGUUACGAUAGCAACAUCUUUGAUGGGCCUCCAAUCUGUUUUUGAAUGGUAGUCCCCUCUUUUUAACAUCAGAGGAACAUUUGUGCCAUCAUAUUUUAGAGCACUAUCCUCGCAAGUUGCGGAUGUAGGUCAAAACACUUAUUGUAAUGUCCUUAAAAUGGGAAACGCUUUAAAAACUAUACAUUGGAUCUGCCUUUCAGUAUCUAGGCAUUCUACUGUAAGUUGUAGACAUUUAAAGUGUAUGCCUGGUUCAAUGUAUUUAUUUUGGGCGAAGUGAUCUAGGACCGUGCUCAGUGCAUGUGUUUGAAUAUGGGCCUGUAUCGGUUUGAUAUAGGCCACUUGAUUUAGCGUGACUUGAACCCUGGAUAUUAUCUCUUGACGUUGACCUCCAUGUAAACUGUGUUUUCCAGAUAUCACCCAUCCCAUUCCUGAUCUCACUGGGUACAUCACUGAGGGACAGGUCUAUGUGGACAGACAGCUGCACAACAGACAGGUAUUCCCAUUCUCGCUUAUACGUCUCCAACCAACCCCUUGUGACCUUGCUAUUGAGUAGUGUAUCUAGCUAUUGAGUACUGUCAUUCUCUCUCCUGACAAUUGUCCAAUGAUAAUUUGUUUACUACUUCUUUGUUGAAUAUUGACUUGACUUCUAUUACUUCAUGUUUUCCCUUCAGAUCUACCCACCCAUCAAUGUGCUGCCCUCUCUGUCUCGGUUGAUGAAGUCCGCUAUCGGUGAAGGAAUGACCCGUAAAGACCAUGCUGAUGUCUCCAACCAGCUGGUAGUUAUUGUCACUCUGCACACUGCCAAAAGAUUCUCUAUAACAUGAAUCAUUUGUUGCAUAGAACAACUUCAGCUCUCUGUCCCUCUCAGUAUGCCUGCUAUGCCAUUGGUAAGGACGUGCAGGCCAUGAAGGCCGUAGUCGGAGAGGAGGCCCUCACCUCCGAUGAUCUGCUCUACCUGGAGUUCCUGCAGAAGUUUGAGAAGAACUUCAUCGCUCAGGGUAAGACACUGGAAAACAGAUGAGACUCCACCUAUGACAGUAGCACCACAACCAGAGCGCAUGGCUAUUGAAAUUAUUUUAAUAUUUUAACCUUUAUUGAACCAGGUAAGUCAUUGAGAACACACCCUCUUUUACAAUAACGACCUGAAAUUCUAGUUGUAUAAAAUCAAAAGGUGAAAACAGGGGCACGGCAACCGCACUGUAUGUGACAUUCCCCCGGGUCAAGUAUUUGGUAACAGAAUAAAUGGGAGUGUUGGCAGUCUUUUCACACCGUUAAGUGGGAGGCAUUAGGCUGCACUCGGCCAGGUCAUUGACCCUCUCCUGCUCUGAGAUCUUGUCUGGUGAGUUUAUUUACUUGUCUAAAUACUGUUACAUUAAAUAUAAGAUAUUAUACCUUUGCCACCUUGGCUUUUCCUGUAUCCAAUGUUUAUGCUACCUUUAUUCUAGUAAUUCCUUGAAAUCGUUGACCCAUUUUGUGUUGCCCUAGGUCCUUAUUACCAGAAAUCCAGCCUGCAUAGCGUUAUCAUUCAAGUGUGAUAUUAAAAUGGAGAUGAAAAAAUGUGUCUCAUUAGAAUUGAUGAGUCUACUGAAUUGAAUUAAAUUAAAAUACCAUGAAAUGCAAGUAUCAUGUCAGACUUUUGCAUCCCUUCUCUGUUGAAACAUAGACAAAUGGAGCCAUCUUUUGGGCAAAGAACAAGAGCCUGCCGUUCAGUCGUCUUGUCCUUCAGAUGAUUUACAAGCAUUUCGCUACACCCGCAAUAACAUCUGCUAAAUAUGUGUAUGCGACCAAUUAAAUGUGAUUUGAUUAGAUUGAAAACUAGGGAUUGCACUAUUGUAGGCUAUGCAUCAUGGGGAUCUACUGCAUUUAAACCUGUUGUGACACCAUAUGAUUGACUUAAUAUCUAGUCUAUCAAUGAUAUCUUUCCGACAGAGUAAGCUGUGAGUUAGGGUGGGGUGCAUUUCAGACAUGUUAGCUCCAUGACCUGACGUUGACUAAAACAAGUGUUAUGAAAAAGAUCUGAAUCACUGGGGAAUAUUGUUGUAUUCAUACUCCUAUUAAAACCACUGAAUGAGUCAAUUGACAACUAGUCGUCAUAAGGAAUAUUGUGAAAUGUCAUAGCAUUUGAGACCUAAAACGCUGUCACCUCACCCCUCAGGCCCCUAUGACAACAGGACCGUCUAUGAGACCCUGGACAUUGGCUGGCAGCUGCUACGAAUCUUCCCCAAAGAGAUGCUGAAGAGGAUUCCCCAGAGCACCCUGGCCGAGUUCUACCCCAGGGAGUCUGCCGCUCGUCACUGAGCACCUUUCGGAUGCUCUGACUCCACCCCCGCAACCCUCUCACUCCCUUAGACCAGUGUUGACCCCCCCCAACCACUCAGAGAACAGAGCAAUGAUCUCAGCUCCCUCUGUAGAUGUAUUCUACUGUAUCUGUGUCCAGAAAUGCGUAUGGAUAGUGUCUGUGAUUGUAUCUCUAGAUUUUGUUCAGAGAUGUGAACUUAAAUCAAAGAAUGAUCCUGUUAUUUAUUGGGUUAUGUUACUGCUAGGUUUUGUUCAUGGAAUGUUGUCCCCACCUAAAUUAAACCUUCCAAAAAUAUAAAAACAUCCUAUACAUUAGAGCUCGACGGGAAUUGGUAUGUUCUCUUUUACAUUUUCAAUGGUUUGAAUUUGUCCAAUAUGUUUGUUAGUCACCCUGAAGAUAGCACUUCAAUCACUUAUUUCAGAUGAGGGGAAAUUACUUGUUAACCAUAUCUGAAAUUGUAGGACUUCACCAAACACCCAGGAGGUCAGGAAAGUGUCAUGACGUACUUUAAUUUAGUAGACUGAACAUCAUUGGUACUUAAAUGUUUACUUUUAUAGGCUUGGGGUAAGAGUUUUGAUAUUUGACAAACUUUUGGGCCAUUUGAAAUUGUCUAUUGUAGAUCUAGACCUUUGUGUGAACUGUGAUUGCUUAUUUCUUUUUGGCCUCUGUUGCUUGGUGUAAUUACUAUCGAAAGAAAAUGUUUACAUUGUUUGCUGUAUGUAUGUGCUGUUAAAAGAAAAAUAAUACUAACCAUUCCCAUGUUGCAUUGCUAAUUCUCUUUGUUUGCAGAAAUCGGAUCUGUGUGUUUGUUAUAUUGAUUCCUGUGUUUUCCUGCCCAUAAAUAAAUUAUAUUAGAAUUAUGAGGGGUGACAUGUUUGUAAUCCCACCAGACAAUGCACACAACUAAUGUUGAGGUUGGUCGUUUUUCACACACUUAGCCAACAUUAUUUUGAAUAUGAAUUGGCCGUCAUAAACCA